AUGACAGCUGAGAUAGUUUCAAAAGAUCUCUCUAGUGAGAAAUCCCACAAUGAUGAAGGGAUCAGAGAAUAUACUCGUGAUCCUGAGACCUUUAUGGGUGAAAAACCCUCAGACGGUACAAUGACUCGAGUAUCCACUCGUGCCAGUGAUUUUGCAAUUCCUGACGGGACAUUCUGGGGUUGGAUGUGUGUCUUCUCGUAUUUUAUGACUUCAUUCAUUUGCUGGGGUGGUAAUACCGCCUUCUCUAUCUAUCUAUCUAACUAUCUUGAGCACAAUACGUUUAAUGCUUCAGCCGUGGAUUACGCCACAAUCGGGGGUCUUGCCUUUGGAGUAGGGUUUGUUUUUGCCCCAGUUAACACAUACUUAGUAGGAAUUACUUCCGCUAACUUUGUGGUGUUUUUUGGCGGAUUAUUACAAUUUGUCGCCCUAUUUACAUCGUCGUACUGCAAGGAGAUUUGGCAAUUAUAUUUAAGUCAAGGGGUCCUAAUGGGCUUUGGACUUGCCCUAGUAUCCACUCCUAUUCCUGCAAUUGUCCCUCAAUGGUUUGAUAAGUAUCGUUCAAGAGUUCUAUUAUUGGGUUCAGGUGGUACUGGUCUUGGCGGAAUCAUGUUCAAUUUGGCUAUUCAAAAGAUUAUCGAGGAAUGGGGGGUUGCAUGGGCUAGAAGAAUCCAAUCAUUUGUGGUCAUUGUAGUAUGUACUGUAUGCUCUUUAUUGAUCCGCACCAGGGAUGAAAAAAUUAAACCAGAAUUUAAGGCCAUAGAUACCCAAAUUCUUUUUUCUUUCCCAUUUAUGGUAAUGUUGUUGUGGUUGGUGUUCACUAUGUUGGCAUACGUUACCACACAAUACAGUAUGACUAACUCCACGGUUGCUCUUGGUUACUCAGCCAGUCAAGGCUCCAUUACAAUUGUGUUGUUCAAUGUGGGGGUAUUAAUCGGCCGUCCAUCUACGGGUGUAUUUAGCGAUAAGUUUGGUCCAGUGACCGUUUCAGCGUGUAUUUAUUUCUUCUCAUCCCUUCUCUGUUUUGCAAUGUGGAUUCCGGCUCGUAACUUGGCUACCAUGUAUGCCUUUGGUCUACUUGUUGGAUUUAUCACAGGCUUCGUGUUUGGUGCCGUCCCUGCUAUUGUCCCUCGUAUUGUUGGUUUAAGAAAACUUCAAGCAGCUUAUGGUAUGGCCUGGGUGAUUCUUGGCGCAUCUGGGGUGGUUUCUCCGGUGAUUGGUUUAGCCUUGAGAAAAGAUAAGGUGGAACCAGGCCAAUAUACCUGGGUGGCGAUGUUUGCUGGGUUGGGUUUCUUCAUGUCUGGCUUUUGUGCUUUGGUGUUGAGAGCUUAUAUUAUCGCCAAAGACAAGCUUACAGGUUUCAAAAAUUCAGACCGCGGCGAACACCUGCAAAUUAAAGUACCAAUGGGUAUGAUAAUAGAAAAUCUCCUUACAGUGAAACAUAAAAAGAAAGUCUGA